ACCCUCUCCGCGCGCCCACUCGGUCGGAGCGCGCGCCUAUCAGCUGUUCUCGCGCAUUCGCUAGUGGCCGGCUGAUGAAGAUGGCGGAGCAGCGCGAGCGGUGCAGGAUGCGCUCACGCGACAUCAGCUUUUAACUUCUUUCUGUGACGUCCAAAUGAUUCGGAUUCGCUCGACCAUUCUGAAAGUGGACAUUUGAAAAAAAUGAACAGGUGGUUCUUCUUGAAGACUUUUCUCGCACCAUAUUUGUUCAAACAGAUGCAUGAAACACCAGAAAGUUUUCGACCAAAAGUGUACUGCUCGAAAGAACAUGAGCCCUCUCUUCACGUGAUGGCUCCAGCUGCUUACUUCUAGGGCUGUUUUAUGGACAAAGGGAGUACCAUACAAAAACGGAGAAGUCAGAAAAGUGGUGACUCCGUCACAGGCUAUGGGGGUCAUGGUGACCUAGAGUUAAUGCUAGAUUCCUGGCAGGGAAACUUCACUCCCAUCUAAUUCCUGAUCUCCUUUUCCUCUACCCCUCUCCUAGAGUGAGGCUUGGCCCUGUCUUUGUCCCUGCUGCCCACUUGGCCCAGAUAGCCAUGGCUGGAGUGAGGAAGUUGGCUCGAGCUGUCCGGCAUCAGGGUCUCCACCGCUUGAUCCUAGCGCUCAUCCUCUUCUGCCUGCUCUCCAUGGCCUAUCUAGCUUACCACGUCAGUGCUGGACCCAAGAUCAAGGAGGCCCCUUUGCCUCUCCCAUUGGGGGAUUGUGUUGCUACAUCAUUAGCUGGUGGCGGACAAAGGACUCCGCUAUUCUUGCCAUCGCAAGUCAGCCAGAGGCGACACCAAGUAAGGACAGUUGACAACUCACGGACAGAGCCUGUGGUACUAAUAUUUGUCGAAAGCAUCUAUUCUCAACUCGGACAAGAGAUCGUUGCCAUUUUAGAGUCAAGCCGCUUUCAUUACCGGACUGAAAUCGCUCCAGGGAAGGGUGACAUGCCUCCUUUAGCUUGGCGAGGUCGCGGGCGAUACACACUCAUUGUCUUCGAGAACUUACUCAAGUAUGUCAACUUGGACUCAUGGAACCGGCAGUUACUGGAUAAAUACUGCCAAGACUAUGGAGUGGGAAUCAUUGGAUUUUACCGUGCUAAUGAAAACUCGCCAUCCAGUGCUCAGCUCAGAGGCUUCCCUUUAUUCUUGCGUUCCAACCUACCACUUUGGGAUUACAGAGUCAACCCUGUGGCCCCCCUGCUCUACAUCACCAAACCUAAUGAACUGGAACCUGGCCUUCUUCCUGCAGACAACUGGACCACCUUCCUGUCCAACCACAGCACCUAUGAGCAGGUUCUGUUAGCUAGCCCCAGACCAGCAGAACCCAAUCAGGUCCCAACACACUCCCACCAACAGAGGGCGCUGUUGGCUACAGUUGUCCAGGACCUAGGGCUUCAUGAUGGGAUCCAACGGGUGUUCUUCGGUGGUAAUUUGUCUUUUUGGCUGCACAAGUUGUUGUUCGUGGAUGCUGUGGGUUAUUUAACUGGUAGGCGGUUGAGUCUGACAUUGGACAGAUUUUUGCUGGUGGACGUGGAUGACAUAUUUGUUGGGAAGGAGGGGACACGCAUGAAAGUAGCAGAUGUGGAGGCACUGCUUCACACACAGAAUAAACUUCGUUCUCUGGUUCCCAAUUUUACCUUCAACCUGGGAUUCUCUGGCAAGUUUUUCCAUACAGGUACAGAUGAGGAAGAUGAGGGUGAUGAUACUCUUCUCAGACACAGACAGGAGUUCUGGUGGUUUCCACACAUGUGGAGUCACAUGCAGCCUCAUCUCUUCCACAACGUCAGCGUGCUCGCGGAACAAAUGAGACUCAACAAGCAGUUUGCACAGGAGCAUGGGAUCCCCUCAGACAUGGGCUAUGCUGUUGCCCCCCAUCACUCAGGUGUUUACCCUGUGCACAGUCAGCUUUAUGAGGCCUGGAAGAGUGUGUGGGGCAUCAAGGUGACCAGCACAGAAGAGUAUCCUCAUCUCAGGCCUGCCCGCUACCGCAGGGGCUUCGUACACAAUGCCAUACAGGUUCUCCCUCGGCAGACAUGUGGGCUUUUCACACACACAAUCUUCUAUAAAGAUUAUCCAGGAGGCCCUCAGGAGCUGGACAAAAGCAUUCGUGGAGGAGAGCUCUUUCUUACAGUGCUGCUCAAUCCGGUCAGUAUAUUCAUGACUCACCUGUCGAAUUAUGGCAAUGACCGACUGGGCUUGUACACCUUUGAGUCAUUGGUGAGGUUUGUGCAGUGCUGGACUCACUUGCGCCUGCAGACUCUGCCGCCUGUCCGCCUCGCUCACAAAUACUUCCAGAUUUUCCCUGACGAGAGAGACCCCUUGUGGCAGAAUCCAUGUCAUGACAAGAGACACAAAGACAUUUGGUCCAAAGAAAAGACCUGUGACAGACUACCCAAGUUUCUAGUGAUUGGCCCUCAGAAGACAGGUACUACUGCACUGCAUUCAUUUCUUUCAAUCCACCCUGCCAUUACCAGCAGCUUCCCCAGCACUGUAACCUUCGAGGAGGUGCAGUUCUUCAGCGGAUCAAACUACCAGCGUGGCAUUGACUGGUAUAUGGAUUUUUUCCCUGUACCCUCUAAUGCGAGCACAGACUUCUUGUUUGAGAAGAGCGCAAACUACUUUGACACAGAGACUGUCCCAAAGAGAGCAGCCGCUCUGUUACCCAGAGCCAAAAUUAUCACCAUACUCAUCAGCCCAGCUGACCGGGCGUAUUCCUGGUACCAGCAUCAGAGGGCUCAUCAGGACCCUGUGGCACUCAACUACACUUUUCAUGAGGUGAUCUCGGCAGGUCCCUCCUCUCCUGCUGCUCUGCUGUCGCUGCAUCGUCGCUGUCUGCAGCCUGGAGCUUACAGCAGCCAUAUGGAGCGCUGGUUACAGCACUACCAGUCCAGUCAGCUGCUGAUUGUGGAUGGUGUGCAGCUGCGCUCCAGUCCUGCUCAGGUGAUGGAUGGCAUUCAGAAGUUCCUGGGAGUCACACCGUACUACAACUACACUCAAGCUCUCACGUUUGAUGAGAGUAAAGGUUUCUGGUGUCAGAAACUGGAGGCGGGCCGCACUCAAUGUCUAGGAAAAAGCAAAGGAAGGAAAUAUCCAGACAUGAGCCCGGAGUCGAGGGCGUUUCUGUCAGAGUAUUACCGUGAGCAGAACGUGGAGUUACUCAGGCUGUUUAAACGACUGGGGCAGCCUCUGCCCAUCUGGCUCAGAGAUGAACUGCACAAUGCUAGCUGGAGCUGAUGAGAACCUACACAAAGGGGAACCAUGCUAGAACCCUGCUCCACACAGGAAAACUCAGGAGGCCCGUGUGCAUCGGGAGCUGUAAGAGGGCAUCUAACCCUCUCGCCUUCCAUUAUCCGCACAGGCUCUGAGAGAGCAGAUGGGCGGAUCAUGCUGUCAGUCCACACAAAAUCAAGUUUCCAGAGUCAACCAUGUUAUGUGAGCUUGUAGUGGACUUUAAUGGAAUCAUGGUAUACGGAAAUGGGAGCUUCCUGAUUGGACGGCGCUCAAAAGACUUCCAGAGUGGUUUAAAAUCAGCUGUGAACUGCCCUUUUUGAAAUGCAGAUGUAGUCUCUAGGAAAAGGGGGAAUUGCACAGAGCCUCCAGGAGAUGAACAUUGUUGAAAUUUAUAUGAAAAGAUGAACUGUGGGAGGAUUAUUUAAAUUUUAUUCUCCCAAGUGUUUUAAUUCUGCCAAGCAGAGAAGUAUUUAAAUAUGUGUCUCAUAAAUUUCACCCAUCUUGCUGUCUUUAUUCGUAAAAACAGCUCUAUUUAUGUGAUUUCAGUAAAAAAAUGUUUAACAAACAUUGUACAGCCCAUGGAGCUAAAGAGAAUUCAGAAUAUUACAUAAGGUUGAUUUUCUUUUUAAAAUGGAUGAAUUGGGCAAAAAAAAAAAAAAAAAAAAAAAAAAAGAAUUUCUGGCUAGCUAUGUGAUCUACAGGUACUGGAAUAGCUCUAUUUCAAAGUGAGCUGCCUACCUAGAUAGCAUUUUAAGGCAUCAUAGCUACAAUCCUGAGUCCCAGUGUGAAGGCUAUACCAAAAGGUGCACAAUUAUGCUGCCUUUUAAGAUAUCUUUGUAGAGAAGGCAAUCGCAAAAUGCAUGGCAACUGAAAAAAAUUUAAUCCAAGAUGGUGGACGAAUCAAGAGAAAUGUCAAUGAUAUAUACAUAUAUUUCAGUCAGUAUCUAAAAGCAUUAAUGAAAAAUGUACAAUUAGUUUAGCAACAUGCUAACUGAGUCUCCUGUGCACUUCAUGUAACUCGCACUAUUUGUGUGGCACAUGAAGUUGUUACGUAUGUACAGAGGGAAAUUAUGCAUUUCAGUGAGCUUUUUUUCUUCUGAUGAGCACAAAGAUUUUAGAAGAAUAUCUUCUGAGCACUUUAGGUCCUCUCAGUGCAAGUGAAUGGUGGCCCGAACUUUGAAGCUCUAAAAGGACAUAAAGGCAGCAUAAAAGUAACCCAUAGUACUAAAGUGGUUAAAUCCAUAUCUUCAGAAGCGAUAUGAUAAGCGUGAGUAAGAAACAAAUCAAUAUUUAAGUCCUUUUUUUACUAUAAAUCUCCACUUUCACAUUCUUCUUCUGUUUUUGGCGAUUCACAUUCUUCAUGCCAAUCGCCACCUACUGGGCAGGGAGGAGAAUUUAUAGCAAAAAAGGACUUAAACAAUUAUGUUUCUCACCCUAACCUAAUAUAUGGCUUCUGAAGAUAUGAAUUUAACUGCUGGAGUCGUAUGGAUUACUUUAAUGCUACCUUUAUUUGCUUUUUGGAACUUCAAAGUUCUGGCCACUGUUCACUUGCAUUGUAUAGACCUACAGUGCUGAGAUAUUCUUCUAAAAAUCUUUAUUACAUCUGGGCUGGCAUGAGGGUGAGUAAAUAAUGAGAGAAUAUUAUUUUUUGGGUGAACUAUCCCUUUAAGAUGGUGCCUAAGAAAGUAGCUGUCUACUGUAUGUAAGCAUCAGACAGCAAGGCAGAUCACUAGAUUUUGGAACAGAGCUAAUAUCUGUCGAGUCCUGGGGAAUCGAUUAUAUCCGUGCCAAACCAAACUGCACCUCUGCAGAAACAAAUGUUUUGGCCAAUAUGAAAAAUACUGUAUGCUGCAGACUUUUAUUGCCAAUGAGUGAAUGUGCAUUGUGUUUGUAUAGCAGCUGGGUAUAAAGUCUGUGAAUUCACAGUAAUGUGAUCUGAAGUAAUGUCUGUUCUUUUUAAGUAAACACACACCUGACGAUACAGCACCAGGGGACAGAGUAUCUUAUCUCUUUUCCUGCAGCCUAGUUUAUCAGAUGGAAGGAAGAGUUGGAGCUGGAGAGCGUUUGAUUAAUCACCAAAUAUAAAAACAAGAGACUCGCCCUCCGUUUCAGAGCUCUAGGGCCCAGCCGGUCAACUGCAGGAAGUGAAACCCUUAAAUAAGACUUGCUCAGGUCCUCUGGGAGACACCACAGACAGUACACUGUGUGCUGGAAGGUACUGGAAAAGAAAUAAAUUGUGAACUCCAAUCUGCAUCUGAUUGCAGACACAUAGCUGAUGCAGCAAAUGAUGCUUAUAUUAUUAACUUAUGCUGCCCUGCAAAGGCAAGACGCAGUAACUACAACAACACAAACUGAGAAAAAAAUGGCUUUAAUUUGCAUGGUUUGUCACAGAACAGAUCAUUAAGGUUAUUUACAGAUUACUGAGUGUUAAGAGACUCAAUUCUGGUCAUAACUCAAUUUUGAUUGAAUGUAUAGUUACUGCUCUUACCUUUGCACAGCAGAAUAGUGAAUGAGUAAAACUUCCUUCAAAUGCCCAAGCAGUUCUUUACAGUUGAACACCAAUAAAAGUGACAUGCUCUUC